AUGUUAACAAGUUUUCCUUCUUACAAAGACUCCCUAGGGACGAUAGACCAAGACGCCGACACACCUACAGUGGCCACCUCCCCGUCCAAAACCAAACCUCCAAAGGUGAUAACGACGGCGACCAAGAAAGAUGGCAUCCAGCUCAUCUCCUAUCAGAUCACACCCAAACCACCGCCGGAGCCACUUCCGUUUCCGUUCAGCUGCAUCAUCAUGAUCUGUUGUGGUGGGAACAUGAAGUACCUGGUCUUCCCGACCCUAAUGGCGGUCAGUCUUGGACUGUUCCUGGCCUUCAGUCGAGCUGUGUCCUCCACGUCAUUGCACAUGGGCUACAGCCAGUACCAGAACAGCCGUGAGUUGAGCGAGGACGAGCCGAGCGUGCCACAGAGCCACAUGCUGUUCGGGAACAUUCUCAAGGACCACGCCGCCAUGUUCCACCCCCAGGCCCACCUCCUGCAGCAACAACAGCAGCUGCAGGCGCAGCAGCAGCAGAUGCAGCAGAACAUGGUGGUGCAGGAGGGAGGGGAGGGCUGCGAUUGUUCCAGGUGUGAGGUCGACAGGGACUUUAUUAAUGGCAACGUGAAUCAGCACAAGCGACUAGUGAAGCACAGCUUCCAACACUUCUACGGCAAACCAGAGCUGGCGACUCAGAUCGAGGCUUUCGUGCCCAGCAAGAAAAAAAGAUGGGAGCUCAGUCCGGUCUUCUACGUGUCGGCCAACCCCGUGUGUGGAGACGACAGCAUCCCAUUGGCUGUUAUUUUGGUGCAUACGCGCCACCGUCACAUGACUGAACGAAACGUUGUCAGGGAAACGUGGGGAAGAGUGGCCAGGGGUCAUCCAUGGCCACAUAGACAGAUGCCUGGUGAGGUCAAGCUGGUCUUCGUGCUGGAGGUCAGCGAGGAUCCUAUAGACAACAACUUGGCCACCAAGGAGUCAGAGAAAUACGGGGACAUUGUCCUGGUGGAUGUACAGGAGACACGGAGACCAGCUACCCGAAAUAUUCUGGCAGGGUUCAAGUGGGUGCUGGACUAUUGUUCAGGAGCUCAGUACGUCAUCAAGGUGGAAGAAGACACUUUUCUAGACGUGCCACUAAUGCUGACACUCCUGGCCUACCAAGACUUGACCAACAUGAUAUUUGGACCCAUCGUCUUCGACGCCAGUGUCAAGAGAGUCACUGAAGACAACAAACUGCUUGUGUCCAAACAGGCAUAUUUUCCAGAGGUGUAUCCCCCAUACGCCAUGGGGAACGUCUAUGCAAUGCCGACAACUCUCGCCAAACGUAUCCUAAACAUUGCCGAGUAUUUGCCCUACGUCAGCCUAGAAGACGUCUUCAUCACUGGCAUCGUGGCCAAAGUUUUUGACGUCCGACACAUCAACAUCCCAGAGGGCCUGUUCGACCGGAAGUCCGGCAGCAAGCCGGAACUGUGCGACUUUGUGUACCGGAGAAAGAUCGCCGCCCAGGGCGUGAAAUCUGCCAUGGCGCAUAACUUGUGGAGGCGACUGGAGAAGUCGGAAAUGUGCGGCUUGUUUCCAACAGAGUAGUGG